AUGUCCGCCCUCACUGGUACUGUCAAGAUUGCGGGUGAAAUCGAAUUCUUCUAUGAAGAGAGUGGUCUUAGUGGUCUCGAUCCCACAAACUACACGGCCGUGGUGUUUAUCCAUGGUAUGGGGUUCAAUGGCGCUGUUUUCCGCAAGCUCUUUCCUUUUGGCGCCGAGCAUAACUAUCGUGUAGUUAGCCUCUACAGGAGGGGGUAUGGAUCCAGUACGCCAUGGUCCGAAAAAGAAUUGGAACUACUCCAAAGUUCGGACAACAACGAUCACGAGGAAUACCUACGUCUGGCCGGCCUACAGAUCGUCAGGUUCCUGCUGGUUUUCGCUGCUUCCCAGUCUAUUCCCAAGUAUGCGAAGGAACAGAAGACCGGCGGGAUCAUUCUUUUCGGGUGGUCUCUCGGUGCUGUGUAUCCCAAUGCUGCUUUAACCACCCUAGACGCACUGACAACGGACGAACUACGCGAUCUAGAGAACUACCUCCACACGGUUGUUUACUACGAUAUGAGCUUAGUAGCAACGGGCUUACCAAGCCCGAAGCCUUACCAGUCAUAUCUUUUUGCGCCUACCGUCGAAGAACGAUGGGAGAUUUUCAAGCGAUGGAUAUCAUCAUUCUUUGCACAUCCCAACGUCUACUCACGCGAUUCCUCUGAUCUCGAGCUUAUUCACCCGCGCGAAGAUAAGCCGGGGUCCUUGCGUUGUUUGACAGACGACGAGAUCGUCGAGAUAACAGCGCCACAGAUGUACGCCACGCACGAUGCAGCUACACUCGCGAUCAAGCCAGAGGUGUUCGUGUCCGUUGUGCGACGUGCACUGUUUGGCAAACAGUAUGCGUCGCAGUACCUGCCGGACUUGAAGGUUAGGGUUCGUGUGUGGAACAGAGUCAUCGGGACUUUUCGUACAUGUGGUGAAUGA